AUGGCAGAGGGGUCGAAAAGGCCCUUGCAGUGGGUUUGCUGGGCAUGCUAUUUGCAUGUCAUUCUUGCGGAGCGACCAUCCAAAGGCAUGUUGGGAGUGCUAAGCACUCUUCAAGAGGAAUCGCACAAUUACAGCUGGGGCAACUGGACCUCAGAUCCAGGAUUUGAUGAUUCACUCGACAAAAGACAUGAACCAGUUACACCGGGUGACAAGCGAAAAUUGGGAGUUGAAGAUGUGCUGCGCAGUUUGGGCGUCCAGUUCGAAGCGGGAGGAGACUAUUGCCAUUGGCCAGGGAUCACUUGCAACAAGAAAGAGGAGGUCUAUCGCGUUGAUCUUCAUGGGCAUCGGGAGGUGACCGGAACCAUGGUGGCUGGUGCCUGGAAAAAGCUCAGUGCCCUGAGCCUGGUGGAAGUGGAUUUAUCCAACACGAACGUGCAGGGUAACAUCGAUGCUUUCCGCUUUUCGACCAAGUUGCUCAGAUUAAACCUUGCCAACACGAAUGUCACGGGCGAUCCGGCUGUUUUGAAGUCUUCAUCGAGGUUGCGCAUGUUGAACCUUGCCAACACGAAGGUCAGGGGUGACAUUCGUUUUUUGAGUUCAAUGCGGAGCUUGACUGAGUUGCAGCUUGCCAACACAAAGGCCCAUGGUAACAUUGAUGUCUUGAGCAAUUCAUCGAAGCUGAGCAUAUUGAACCUUGCCAACACGACAGUCAGGGGUGGCGGUCGCAUGUUUAGUUCUUUGUCGAGCUUGACUGACUUGGAGCUUACCAACACGAAAGUCAGUGGUGACAUUGCUGCUCUACUUCCUAACACAAACUUGCGCUUGGUGGACCUUGCCAGAACGAAAGUCUCCGGUGACAUUGGUCUUGUUUUUGCCUUGAACAAAUUGCAGGUUGUGAACCUUGCCAACACACGAGUGUCGGGUGACGUUGGCGCAGCUUUCCUAUCAGAGAAACAAGAUUCAAAAGUGAAUCAAGUGACGGAGACUAAGCUUGCAUCUUUAACCUAUUUGAACCUGGAGCGUACAAGAGUUUCAGGGGGCAUUAGGAUAUUUCAGGAUGCGAAGAGGCUACGAUUCCUGAACCUCAAGAAAAACAAAGUCAAUGGAGAUAUUGAAUAUCUGAGAGGUUGUCCAUUGGAGCACAUAUUUCUGAGUGGCACUGGCGUAGGCGGGGAUAUCCGCGUGGUGCAGGCCUUUCCCGAUUUGACCAUGUUUCACCUUGAUGACACCACGGUCUUUGGUGACAUCAAGGCCUUCGAAUCGACUCGGAAGCUGGAAACCUUGAAUUUGUAUGCCACAGGAGUGAUUGGAGACAUCAAAGCCUUUUGGAGGACCAAGCAAUUGAAAUGGUUGUCGUUGAGUCUGACUGAUGUUUCUGGAGACAUACAGGUGUUCAACAACUCUCUCCUCUUGUACAUUGUUCUUGAUGCAACGCAAGUUGAAGGAGACAUCCAGGUUUUCAAAAACAUGCCUGGCGUCACCAAGUUGGCCUUGUGCUCGACCAAAGUCAGGGGUGACAUUGACGCUUUCAAUUCAAGCAAAGACUUGAUUGACCUCGCGAUCUCCGAUACGGAGGUAUCCGGUGACCUCAAGGCCUUCUCAAACACCACUCUGUUGUCCAGACUACGUCUACGAAAGACCCAAGUGCACGGAAGUUUGUCGGCCUUGCGUGGCCUUGUUAGCUUGAAGACUUUGGAUCUCUCUGACUCGCAAGUUCACGGUGAUAUUAGCGUGUUUGGGAACCAGACAAACCUGAAGGUCUUACUCCUGUCAUCCACAGAAAUCAAAGGAGAUGUGGAUGUGUUUCACCAAAGCCCUGGCCUCAAGUCAAUGGAUCUAUCAUUCACAAAAGUGAAUGGUGAUAUCCGAGUCUUUCGAAAUCGACGUGAUCUGGGAGACCUGAGAAUGGCAUCGACAAGGGUUUGGGGCGACCUUGGUAUUUUGGUGUCCGCAUCUUUCGACAACAGGUUCAAGGUCAUAGAUCUGUCAGACACCGAUGUGGAGGGCAACAUCGCUGUCCUCAAGGAUGCGCUGGCACUACGGGAGCUUUACCUUCGUCGUACGCAGGUUGCAGGCAGCAUUGAUGGCAUCAUUGGAUGGAAGGAAGCCGCAGUAGUUGACCUCGCACGAACCAGAGUCACAGGUAGACUGACCCGACACUGGCGCGGCUGCUGCAAGAACUUGAGGAGUCUGAAGCUUUCAGGGAGCAAGUCUGAGUUCUUGCCCACCGGCAGUGACCUCAUUGACUUGAUGGAAAUCUAUGUGAAUGUCAAGCGGGCCGUGCUGCUUCCCGGUCUGACAACCUUGGAGGUGUCCGGAUGUCCAUUAAAUGGGCGCAUAAGAGAUUUGGUAUUGCCUUUGGCGUUUUGUGAGCACUUGGGGAGCAUCAUCGCAGUGGAUUGCGGGCUUCACGGUGAGUUUCCUAACUUGGAUCCAUUGGGGCCUACCAGAUUGGAUGGCAAACUCGUGAUUGGUUUUCGCAGCAAACUGGCAAGUUCCUUGGAGGUUCUGGAGAUUUCUGACAACAACCUAACCUACAUGGAAUCGAUUCCGUCUUCCAUGAGGAAGUUGGUUGUAUCCUCCAACAAGAGCCCUUUGCGAUUGGCCAAAGGAACAUUAACUUCGGCGCUGAAGAAGGGCACUUCAAUAAAUCUCAGAGGUACCAGCUUGCAUGAUGACACACGCGCAGAGGCACAAAAACUACUGAGGGACGAUAUCAUACAGAGGACACCGGAACGGACAUUUUCCAAGGAGGGAUACACAUGCUAUGACUUGGCUCCAAACAGCACGAUGCAAGUCUUGCCCUCUGAUCUUCUUCCCCAAAAGCUGUGCGUUUGUCUCCCUGGUUGGCACGGUGCGGGGGCCAGCUGCCACAAAUGCCCUGUGGACACCUUUAAACCAGACCUGGGUGAUAUGGAAUGUGCAGAAUGCCCACGGAGCACUAGUACCAAUGGCAUUGUAGGGGCUCAGUCUGAGGAUGCCUGUCAGUGCAAGCAGACACUUCGAGAUCACAAAGGAGGCCAAGAAAAAGAUUCUCGAUCAGUAUUCCAGCCUUUCUUUUGGCCGUUUGUUUUUGUUGCUGCAAAACCUCAGUUCACAAGUAUAAGAACUCGGCAAAAGAACGGGAAGGUUUGGCUGCUUCAGUAA